AUGUCCUCCACCACGGCGGUGCCAACUCCCGCGAACCCAUCAGUUGCAGCAAACAACGCCAGCAACCGCGAUCAUCUCCCCCUCCCCCCAUUGACCUUUAGCGUCGUCACCAGGGAAGUCGACAAACAAGACGCCAUGAGGCUCGUCGCCGACAGCAUUGCCCAGCAGCGGCAAACCGCCUCCCUGGCCAUCAUCUUCCAUCCCGCAUGCUUCGCGGGCUUGGCUGCAGCCUGCGCAGCCGUCUACCGGCACAAUGCACGCGGCGACUUUGGCACCGCGCUCGUCACGCUCUGCGGGCUCGUGCUCGCCUACCUGGCGGGCGUGCGGCUCCUGACCGCAGACUACAUCCGUCUCGCCGAAGGCCUCAGGUGGAAGGAAUGGAUCGCCGGCCCCGACGGCAGGGAGGACCAUGUCCUCGCUGCCCGGUUCGGCGACGAACUCAUUGCCACUGCCGUCCUGCGGCUUGUCGCGGCGGCCGGUCCGAACAAGAAGACGAGGCCGUCCUCGCUCCGGCGCGGCGGUAGCGGAGUCAUCCGCGCCUGGACCACCAAGUAUAGAUGUCGGGGCAAGGGCGUCGGAGGGGACAUGCUGCGUCUUGCCAUCCUGACGACCCGGAGCAUAUGCGGCGAGGGUGCGCAGGUGACGUUUGACCCGGAUCACGCGAAUAGCGCCCGUCCCCUUCACAACAUGUUCAACCGACCCUUUGUCAGGCGGGACGAGAGAGCAAAGGAGGCGUUGGCUCAUGCGCUGGAAGCUUGCGAUCGGGGACAAAGCAGUUUUCAGAUGGAGUAG